UUGGAUUUGUGCCACGCUUGCACUAUCAUCUUUGAAGAAACAAAGACCAAAUACUUACAACGGCCUUACAAAGUGAAUGAACAGUAUAAAGAUAUUUUAGGGAAAGGCGGAUUCGAUGAAUCUAAUCCGUGGUUUGUUCAAUGCAGAAUCGGAGCGUUAGAAGCCAUAAAAGCCUUCUCAAAAUACACACUAAAUACAAAACACAUGGAAAUCAUUGAAAACCGAUGGAAUACCGUUUUCAAUUCCGCUUUAUCUCUAGCUGAUGCUUCGAAAGAACAUCGUAACGUCAUAUGCCACAGAGAUUUAUGGAAUAAUAAUAUUUUAUUUCAUUACAAGAAACUAGACGCCAACACUACUGACCCUGAUGACUGCGUGUUUGUGGACUUCGCUGAGAUACGGUAUAUGCCUCCCGCAGGAGACGUCAUGCAACUGCUACAUUGCAACUUGAGUCCUGGCUUCCGAAAAACCAACCUUAAUUCCUUCUUAAAUUUUUACUACAACCAACUUAAAGUAUCCCUGGGAAAUUAUAAUGUCGAUAUUAAAGAAACUAUUACACGAGAUAAAUUUAUAACGUCGGCAAAAGAACAAAAUCUAUGGGGUCUCGUAACACAUGCUUGUUUGGGUCAAACAUUUUGGUUGAAUGACGAUAUGAUGACAAAUAUAUCCAGAGACUCUGAGCAAUUUGAAACUGUUAUGCUGAACGACAAAACUACUUUCAUUAAGGAUACGGUACAAAGCGACAGUAUUUACAAGAAAAAUGCCAUGGAAGUAUUUGAAGAGAUUAUUGAAAAUUACAUUUUAAAUUAAUGUGUGCAAUUAGUGAUAAUUAUACACUCUCGGUCUCUCCCGAGAGAAUUUUUUUAAAUCUAUAAUUUGUACUGUAUCGCGUGCCACCAUUAAACAAUUAUAAUAGAUAUGUAGACA